ACCAUACACAAACGCCAACCCCACCCCAAACUCCAACCCAGUACCCAAACCCAAACCCAAACUCAAACUCAAUGCCCAAACUCAAACCCAAACUCAAUACCCAAACUCAAACCCAAACUCAAACUCAAUACCCAAACCCAAACUCAAACUCAAACUCAAUACCCAAACCCAAACUCCAAACCCAAACUCAAUACCCAAACCCAAACUCCCAAAUAGUUUGGGUUUGAGUUUGGGUUUGGUGCAUGUCUACUGCCGAAUAAUUGCCCGGGAAUCUGAACUCUUUUCAAAAAAAAUCCUAAUUCCAAUUUUCUAG